UAACAACUUAAAUAUAUAUAUAUAUAGUCGUGUGUUUGUUAUCAGAUCUCUUCGAAAAAUGCCGUAGGAAUGUUUUACAAUGCGAUUUAUUUAAAAAGAUACAACCUUCAGUAACAGUUCAGUCAGAGAUGCGGGGUUUUACGGUAACGGGAGGCGGGACCAAAGUGUAACCAGGAAGUUUACACCACUGCUCCGUGUUUACACAUGUUUGCCCUUUCACGUGGAGAAAAAUUUCACCAUUAAAAUGUCUUCAAAGAAAAACAAAGGCAAGUCGAAAAAAGCAAGUGAAGGGGACAGUUCAGUCGUACUGAAGGAGGGCUCAAAUGACUCCUCCAGCCUGCAAACAUCUGGCAUCGACGGAGGAAGCUGCAAAAGUUCGAACAGCAGCUCAUUCACUGUCAUUGACUUCAUUGAGAAAGCUGAUGACAAAACACCCAAAGCCUGCAGAUCAACUUUAGCCCAAGUAAGCCUCAAUUCAAUGAAGUCAGCCAGUGUGUGCAUUGGGAGACCGGUCCUACUGACAAGUCCCACAGGACAGCAGGAGGUGUGUCUGGGAUGGCCUGUCGCCUCCUUUCCAGGUGGAAAAGUUGGUCUUCAGAAACAUGCCCAGACCAACCUGAGAGUAAAGUCAGGGGACGAAGUGAUGCUGCAGCCGAUAACAGGUCCUGUUCUUCAGGCUGAAGAGAUGGUUUUAUCCAACAGGUCAAAAGAUGACACAGUAGAAACAGAUGAGUUCAAGAGUUUCCUCUUGAGAUCUUUGGUUGGGAACAUCGUUCUGCCAGGAAACGUCCUCUCACUGACCUACUUUGGCCGGUCGUGUAGUCUCCGUGUCGAAGCUGUAAGAGGGGAGGACGGUGUCACCCUCCAGAGACCAGCUCCUCCCUCAGGACUAGGUCCUGACACUGAGGAGUCCUGUGUGAUCAACUCUGUGCUGGACUCCACGUCAGCCGACCUCUCCCUGCAGCUCAGCAUGCUCACAGUGGAUGACAGCAAUGCUGACGGGGCACCAGGCACACCUGGAGAGCCUGGUCCUGCAGCCAGCACCCCACUGCGACCGAUCCAGUUCCCUUCCCUCUCCUCAACCCCUGCUCCCAGCAGUUCCUCCUACAAUUCCCAGGAUCCUCCUGCAGAGUCAGCGGAGGAUGCUGUCAGUCUGGAAAGCUCACUCAAAUCAGAGCGGACAGGGAGAAUCCCCACAGCUCCCCCUGGUGGUGCACUGAGUACUGACACCUUCUACUGCCUCUCCUGCUCCACUAAAGUCAGUUUCAGAGACAGAGUAGGACAGGAUGCUCCAGAUACAGAAGAUAAAAGGUCAAAGGUCACAUACAGCAUGAUUGGUGGGCUCAGCAGCCAGCUGGACGUCAUCAGAGAGACCAUUGAGCUCCCUCUGAAACACCCUGAGCUGUUCUGCAACUAUGGGAUCCCACCUCCCAGAGGAGUUCUGCUGUAUGGUCCCCCUGGCACAGGGAAGACUAUGAUUGCACGAGCCAUAGCCAAUGAGGUCGGAGCUCACAUGACAGUGAUCAAUGGCCCAGAGAUCAUGAGCAAAUUUUACGGUGAAACAGAAGCGAGGCUGAGGCAGAUAUUCACUGAAGCAUCUCAGAGGCAACCUGCAAUAAUCUUUAUUGAUGAGCUGGAUGCUUUGUGCCCAAAGCGAGAGGGAGCACAGAAUGAGGUGGAGAAACGAGUCGUUGCUUCUCUCCUGACUCUGAUGGAUGGGAUUGGUUCAGAGAGUCACUCAGGUCAGCUGCUGGUCCUGGGAGCCACAAACCGGCCCCACGCCCUCGACGUCGCCCUGCGCCGACCAGGGCGCUUUGACAAGGAGCUGGAGGUGGGAGUUCCUGGUGCGGCAGAGCGUGCAGAUAUUUUGCAGAAGCAGCUGAGUUCGGUGCCAUGCAGCGCCACCACCGAGGAGAUGACGCAGCUGGCGGAUGCCGCCCAUGGAUAUGUAGGAGCAGACCUUGCAGCUGUUUGCAAAGAAGCAGGUCUGCAUGCAUUACGACGAGCACUGGGAGGCUCCCACCAACCAUCAGACCAGCAACUGAUGGGGACAGUGACCGUCACUCUGCAGGACCUCCAGUGGGCCAUGUCUGUUGUGAAGCCCAGCGCCAUGAGGGAGGUUGCUAUCGAUGUCCCCAAGGUCCGCUGGUCAGAUGUAGGUGGGAUGGAGGAGGUGAAGCUGAAACUGAAGCAGGCCGUGGAGUGGCCUCUGAGGCACCCUGAGGCCUUCACCCGCAUGGGCAUCCAACCGCCUAAAGGAGUCCUGCUCUAUGGGCCCCCAGGAUGCUCCAAGACCAUGAUAGCCAAGGCCCUGGCUAAUGAAAGUGGGCUCAACUUUCUGGCUAUUAAAGGGCCAGAAUUACUGAGCAAGUAUGUUGGAGAGUCUGAAAGAGCUGUGAGAGAGGUGUUUCGGAAGGCGAGGGCUGUGGCUCCCUCAAUCGUCUUCUUUGAUGAGAUCGAUGCUCUUGCCAGUGAAAGAGGAAGCUCCUCGGGCUCCGGCGGUGUAGGCGACCGGGUCCUGGCUCAGCUCCUGACAGAGAUGGACGGCGUCGAGCAGCUCCGAGACGUCACUGUGCUGGCCGCCACCAACCGGCCGGACAUGAUCGAUAAGGCCCUGAUGCGUCCAGGUCGCCUCGACAGAAUCGUCUAUGUGCCUCUUCCAGAUGCUCCGACCCGGCGGGAAAUAUUUUCUCUCCAGUUCCGUAACAUGCCUGUGGCCCAAAAUGUGUCUCUUGAUGACCUGGUGACUCGGACGAAUAAAUAUUCUGGAGCAGAGAUAACAGCAGUAUGCAGAGAGGCUGCCCUCCUGGCCCUACAAGAGGACAUCAAAGCUCAGCACAUCGAGGCCAGACACUUUGAAAGUGCCCUGAACACUGUGAAGCCCCGGAUCCCUGACUCUCUCAUCCAGUCGUAUAUCAGCUAUCAGCAGCAGCACAGCGGCCUGUGCUUCUUCUGACCACGCUGCUGCAGACAAAUUCAAAACUAAGGAACUUCUUUCUAAUAUUAUUUCUAAAGUAUACUUUUUCAGCUGCUGGACAUGUUCCCAACAUGAUAAGAACCUGACACAACGCCAAGCUGAAUAUUGGUAGAUGCUGAUUUUGGCAAAAUCUCUUGUAGCCGCUGUGCCAAGUUAUGCAACUAUUGUUCAAGUUUUUAUUUUAUUGCUACUAGAAAACAAAUGUGGUAACUGGUUCUGAGUCCACAAACUAUUGUGCCAAUAGAAAAUGUAGUUUUCCCGAAAAUGCUUGUUAAAAUCUUGGCUGUUUCUAAACAGUCUGCAGCUCAGCAGCUCAGGACUGUUUUAGUUUUUUGGUUUUGAAAAAUGAGCUGAAGUGUCAUGUUUGAUCAUAUAAAAUAUUAAUAAUGUAUUUAAUGCAUUAUUUACGUA